CUCCUCAACAACGCCUUACCGGUCCUUCCCCCUCCACACCCUCUCUCGCUCGUCCGUUCAACAUCUCCUACCGCCGGACUCCUGCUUCUCUUCCUUCGUCACUCUUAUCUUUACCCGCCUUCGCGUUCCAACCCGACCCAAGGUCCCGGCCAACCGGUCAAUGCGGGAGAGCCGCCUUGGACUGCAAGAGAUUUCCCAGCACCGUGUUGGAGACCGUCGUGAAAAUCGCCCUAGUCGCUCUUUGUUCGUCUAGAUUUGGGUCUCAACAGGAAACAACGCCGCUACUCUUUUCUAUAACCCUCCCUUCAAUUUGAUUUGUGGUUCUGGGGGAAUUUUGCCUUUCUUUGCGGGGGAGAACUUGGUUGACCGAGUCAUUCUUAUUUCCUUCUGUACCUCGUUUUUGCCUUUCUUUUGGGGAGUGAUAGAUCGGCCCUGGUUUCUUGAUAUUCCGCGUGCAAUCUGAUUUCAACCCUCUGGUUUCUGUGAGACUCCGCCCGUCGCGAUGCCUGGAUUUGCCGAUUCCUUCUGGACCCCGGACUAUGCCACCGGUCUCGGGGUGCUGUACGGGAAGCUGCAGCAGGGGGUUGCUGAGAAUAAGCAAAUCCUCACGAUUGCUUCUAUGCGUGCGGAUGCUGAGGACCAAUAUGGGGUCAAACUCGGGGAUAUCGCGCCGAGUGUCGAUCGCAUAUCGACGGGGUUUGGAAAGGAUGAUGGGGCCAGUGUGAGGAAGGCCUACGAAGGCGUACGCACUGAAAUGGUCGAAUCAGCCAAGAAUCACCAGAAGAUCGCAUCCAACAUCCGGGAGCUGGUCGUCAACCCGUUUCGCCGCUGGUGCAACCAGCACGAGGCUCGCAUCGAACACUCCCACGACGAUCUCCAAGCGCGAAUCAAGGAACACACGAAGCAGGUCGAACUGGUCAAGAAGCUGCGCAGCCAUUAUUUCAACAAGUGUCGCGUCGUUGAGGACCUGGAGGAGGAGAACAAGCUCGCGUUCCAGGCCCCCGAAAUCAGCCCGCAAGCCAAGCCGCCCCCCAAGAUUGUCCUGCCGGAUGACCAGGCGCAGGAGGAAGAAGAGCCGCUGGAGAUUGGGGACCGAGUGUACUCACCCGAGGACCUCAAGACUCUCCUGACCCACAUGUUGGACAACAUCAAGAUCGGCGAGAUCAAGGUGCCCAUCCUUGGUGUCUACCAGAACACCUCGAGCGGCGCGGACAUCGUGGAAUACACGCAGCAGUUUAUGAACGGCACCAGCAUCACCUACGCCGAGAAGAUCGGACAGGACAUGGUCGACAACGGCCUCCUCCGUUUGGUCGGGAACAUGGGGAGUACGUUUGCGAACAGUUCCAAGAUGCGCUACCAGUGGCGCCCCAAAGUGUUCCAGAUCACCGGCGUUCCCGAGAAGAAGAAGCCUCUGAUGCGCGUCUCCUCAGCGGCCUCGAGCGAAGACGGCAGUGAAUCCCCAAUCGCCUCGGUCUCGGAAAUGCUGGCGGGCUGGAACCCUCUCAACAACCCCUACCCGAACGAGACCCCGGCGGAGAAGCUGCGCCGGGAGGCCCGCGAGGCGGACGAACGCUACAAGAGUGCCGUGAAGAAGCUGGAUUUCAUCCGGUGCAAGCUCGAGCAGGAAAUCGUCGAAAACCUGCAGUUCAUGGAGCAGUGCGAGUUGGACCGUCUCAAGGCGAUCAAGGCUGUCGUUCUGGACUUCUCUGGUGCCAUCAGCAAUGUGAUCCCGAAUCUGCAGAGCACCGUGGAUCACAUGAUGCUAUACCAGGAGACCAUCCAACCUCUCGGCGAUCUGAGGUAUCUCCUUGAAAACUACCGCACCGGCGGUUUUGUGCCCCGUGUGCAGGCGUAUGAGAACUAUUACGGCUCUGUCGAAGAUCAAAAUUUCGGCGUCGACCUCGAGGCGAGAGCGCGGGCUGACCGCAAGCGCGUUCCCAUCCUCGUGACCACUAUCUUGACCUUCUUGGACAACCGCUAUCCCGAACUCGAGGGUGAUGAGGCCCGCCGCGGAAUCUGGCUGUACAACGUUCCGUUGGCUGCAACCCACCACCUCCGCAACGCCUUGAACAAUAGUACUGCGGACUAUCGCGAUGUCUUAGAGAAGUUCGAGGUUCCCGUUGCGGCCAGCGUGCUGAAACUGUACCUUCUCGAGUUGCCCGAUUCCCUUGUUUCCUCCCAGGUCUACGACAUCGUUAAGACGAUCUAUUCCACCACGGCCCACGAGACCACGGAGGAAGGACGGAUCAAGGUCCUGCAGAGCACCCUCGGACAGCUACGCCUCAACAACAUUGCCACGCUUGAUGCCAUUAUGACUCACUUUACACGAUUGAUUGAUUUGACUUCCGCCGACGAAGGCUACGUUUCCUCGCUGGCCCAAGCCCUGUCCCCCUGCGUGCUUCGACCCCGCACGGAGAGCAGCCUCACGAUGAACGAGCGCCACAGCUACCGCCUAAUCCGCGACCUGUUCGCCCACAAGGAUACCAUCUUUGGCGAGUUAAAGCGCCAGUCGACUAUCCUCGGAAGCGCGGCAACCACCACCGCCAGCAACAACCACCGCCCCCGUGCCGUGAGCACCGACGAGAGUAACCGCCGCGCGGCCAUGGAGGCUCGGAACCGCGCCAUCGUGGACCGCAGUCGCGCCCACAGCCCUGCAGCACCCCCCCGCAAGCACCGACGGGAUCGUUCUAGUGGCCCCUCGGAAACCAAGCGCUUCCCGAUCAACGUGGCGAGUCCCACCGAACGACGCACCACAGUCACCUCCCGCAACAGCCUGGAGGUUCCGAUCCGCAACGGCUCCCCGACUGAAGAACCGGAGCAGCUGACGACCGUGGACAUCAACGCGGCCGAGCCCAUCGGCACCAAUGGUUCCCUGACGGAGUCUCCGGCGUCAGCCGGCAGCAACGGAAGUCCCUUCGGCGCGUCCAGCCCCCCGCCGGCCAAUACGUCCGACGACUCGCCCACGCCUACACCCACGCCGUCACUUCCCGAGUCUGAAAGGCGCUCGUCCACCCCGCGGACCGUGUUCACCCGCAAGCCCGGCCUGGGCAGCAUUUCCAGCUUCCCCAGCGACGCCGGAACAGACAGCAAGCGAAGCAGCAUCGCCACCAGCGAACCAAAGGGAGUCACCCUGGAAGACAAGCCCAUGGACGAUUAGAUACGAACCGGCUGUCACGCUUCGGCCACUGCAUCCAUGCCAUGCCAUGUCAUCUCCUGAUUGAGCGGACGCAAGGUGCGCAAAAUGCAGACCGUUAUGGCACUACAGACGGACCCAUGUCCUGACUACCACGCGCUCGACCAGCUGACAUGGUGCAUACAUGUAUCUAUUUUAAAAGUGAGCUUGGGUAUAAACCACCAACCGGGUUUCCUUGUUAUUGUUUUAUUUUUGGCAGUCAGUCAGCCCUUGGGCACAAACUUCCAGCCGGCUUGGAAGUAAUGUGCGCACGCCGCACAAGAUAGAUAAUGGUGUUUUGCUUACUUGCUUGCUUGUCUUGUCUUGUCUAUUUGAUUGAUUCAUUUCGUUUGAUUUUUUCCUCUCCCCAACAAACCAACCUUGUACUCAAAAUCAGGCUGUAAAGCGUCCCGCACUCCUCAUCCUUUGGAUUAUUAUUAUCAUCUAACCCUGCUGUCCAUUAUUAUCACCCCCCCACCACCGACCCAAACUCUGUUAUCCAUAUCCAUACCCGAUGCCAACCGCUAUGUAUCUUUACAACCAUAUACUACAUUUACCUACCUAUAUUGAUUGAUUCCUAUCAUUUUGUGUAUGUAUGCAUACGUGUCUGUCUACGUAUCGAACGAACGCCCUUUUCGCGG